AGCCUUAGAGGAAGCGAUUUCUAUUGAACGUUCCACACCUUUGCCUCUCGAAGCUCCUGACUGUUUUAAAGUUAGAGGGUUAGAGAAAAGUUGGGCCGAUCUUACAGAAGACGGGAGAGAUUUUCGUCAAGAGAUUUGGUAUAGAACCCACAUCAUUGUAUCAAGAAGAGAAGGGAUUACUCCGUUAGAACACCUUGCUGAACAUUUGAAACAAGUGUUUGAAGAAGAGGACAUUGAACAAUAUUCCCCGUCGACAGGUCACACUGAAUCGAAUUGCUCUCUCUAA